GUUUUCGCCUCCAUUCAUACUCUAAUCGCUCGAUUAUAUCGUAAUAGCACGGCACGAUAACAAACGGGGCCCGGUACCUUGACCUCGCUGUGUAUUACACACGAAUCGUUCCAGCAGCGAUACCGCUACAAAAUGAGAAAUUCUGCAGCAGUCACUUUUCGAGGUUAAAAGAUUAAGGCACGGAUUUACUUGACUUUUUAGGCUUCCAGUGUAACAACUUUUCUUCCAGUGGAAAACUUAUCGAAAGUGUGAAAACCGCGAGUGAGGUUUUCCCGCUUGAAGGUUCACGGAAACCUCGUGAGUGUAUUUUUAGAAUUUUGAUCGAUAUUUAGGCAGAUAUGAGCUAGAACCUUCGGUAAGAUUUUAUUCGGAUAAGAGACGUACUCGCAAAAUGGGUGAUCAAGGAGAUAAUCUUUAUCUUGGUUUGGAUCUUAGCACACAACAGCUGAAAGCUGCUGUAAUUAACGAAAAACUAGAAAUUGUAGCAGAACAGAUCGUAAUUUAUGACUCUGACUUACCAGAAUUUCGCACCCAAGGAGGCGCGCUUAUAGAUAAAAUUAACAAUGCCUACAUCACCUCUCCCACUUUAAUGUGGGUAAAGGCCCUUGAUAUAGUGCUAGACAAGCUAACAGUAGCCGGAAUUAAUUUUUCGAAAAUAGCAGCAGUCUCUGGAAGCGGCCAGCAACAUGGUUCAGUUUAUUGGCAAAGGGGAGCUAGUCAAACGUUAGCAACUUUAAAUCCUGGUGAAUUCCUUCAUCAACAGUUAGCCCAUUCUUUUGCUGUAGCUAACAGUCCGAUAUGGAUGGAUUCAAGUACGACCAAACAGUGCCAGUUACUUGAACAAGCUGUAGGGGGACCAAUGAAAUUAGCGGAAAUUACAGGUUCUCGAGCUUAUGAAAGAUUCACAGGAUCUCAAAUAUGUAAAAUAAAUCAAACAAGACCAGAUGCUUAUAAAAAUUCAGAGCGAAUAUCUCUCGUUAGCAGUUUCUUGUGUUCUCUCUUCGCUGGAAAAAUUGCUCCAAUAGAUAUAUCCGACGGAUCGGGAAUGAACCUUAUGAACAUCAAAACGAAAAAAUGGGACGAAACGUUGCUUGAAGUAUGCGGAUCAAAUUUAGCCGAAAAGUUAGGAGAUCCUGUACCAUCAACAACAAUUGUGGGAGAUAUAUCGCCCUAUUAUGUGGACAGAUACAACUUUAAUCCCAACUGUAAAACAAUUGCUUGUACUGGUGAUAAUCCUGCUUCUCUUAUAGGUAUGAGGCUUAGCGAGAACUGGAUAGCUGUAAGUUUAGGAACCAGUGAUACAGUCUUCCUUUGGCUAUCAGAGCCCAAAGUAGUUCUGGAUGGUCAUGUACUUUGUAAUCCCAUAGAUGAAAAUGCGUACAUGGCCCUAUUAUGUUUUAAAAAUGGUUCUUUUACGAGAGAAAGGAUCCGGGACCAAUGCGCAGAAGGCUCAUGGGAUGUUUUCAAUCAAUUAUUAGAAAGCACGCCUAGAGGAAAUUUCGGAAAUAUAGGACUUUAUUACGAUAAUCAAGAAAUCAUUCCAUUUUUACAUGGCGAUUACCGAUUCAGUAAGGGUGGUCGUGUUACCAAGUUUAAUAGUUUAGAAGUCGAAGUGAGAGCUGUUAUUGAGGGGCAGUGUAUUAGAAAUAGGGCUUAUUCCGAAGAUUUUGGACUUAAAAUAGAUAAAAAUACGAAGAUUCUAGCUACAGGUGGUGCUUCCAAUAAUAAAGCAAUUCUUCAAGUGUUGUCUGAUGUAUUUAAUGCCCCAGUGUAUGUACAACAUGCUGCAAAUUCCGCUAUGUUGGGUGCAGCAUACCAAGCUAAACACGGUUUGUUUUUCGGUCAAAAAUCAUAUCAUGAUGUCAUGUCUCCAUUACCCGAACCAGAACUGGCCUGCACACCUUAUCAAGACGCAGAAUCAAUUUAUAUACCAAUGGUACAUAGAUAUAGAGCCAUUGUAAAAGAACUCACGGCACAAUAAUCAAACAAAUAAAAUAUUAAAC